AUGUCAUUUCUACAAAAUCGAUUUGCUUCAAUCGAAAUUGAACACAACUUAUCUAAAACAUUCACGUUAAAUAGCGGUACUCCACAAGGAUCUCCAUUAUCACCAUUACUUUAUAUUGUAUACACGGCAGAUUCAAUGAAUGGAAUACCAGAUCACACAGAACAUGGUUUAUUUGCUGACGAUACUGCACUAUGGACAUCGUCAAAUACAACAACAAGCCUUAAUAGCAGAUUACAACAAUCCAUAGAUGCAUUCCAAAGCUGGUGCAAAUCAUGGAAAUUAAAAUUACAACCAACAAAAACUGAAUUAGUCCACUUUACUGUCCAUCCAAGAAGAACAUUUAAAAAUCCAAUCAACGUUAAAAUAGAAGACACAAUCAUUAAACCAUCAGAUUCAACAAGAUAUCUAGGAAUUAUCAUCGACAAAAGAUUAAAUUGGAGAAGUCAUAUUCAUCAUAUUGAAUCGAAGAUCGCAGGUCGUAUAAGUUUGCUUAGAUUUUUAAGCAGAACCGCAUACGAACCCAAUGACAAAAUAAUGUUGAACAUCUUCAAAUCAAUAGCAAGAACUAUCAUAAUAUACGGUUAUCCAAUUCUCCUUACAGCAAAUGAUAAAAUAUGGGAAAGAUUACAAAUUAUGCAAAACAAAGCCAUUCGUGCUGCUUUAGGACCACCCAUAUAUACAUCCGUCGACUAUAUACAUCGAAUCACCAACAUCCCCAAAAUUAAAGAAUAUGCCGUUACAAUUCUGCAACGUUAUAUUCAAACAGCAACAUCCAACAACGACGUCCUAUUACAAAACAAUCUACAAGAAAUAUUUAACAAAGUUUAA